UCUUCUUGCUUUCGCUUUCUUUUUCACCGAUUUUUUCUGCCCUAAUUUGAUCUUCUCUUCAAAGAGAAAGUGAUAGUUUCGUUGAUUUGGUUGGAAAUUCGUGCAUUUUCUUGUUCUCUAGUGCUAAUUUUGUAGCAAAGUUGUUUUUUUUCUUUGAAAUUUUGGCCCAUUUGGCUUUUUCUUUGGAAAUCUAGUUAGUGCUUUGAUGAUUGAUGUUUAACAUCAAUUGAUGCUUGUUAUUUACGGAGAAAAAGUUAGUUAGGGUUUUUUUUUUCUUUUUCAAGCACGAGGUUUUAGUGAUUUAGGUGGAGAUUUUUAUUAGCAUGGUAAUGUGGGUGGUGUUUUUGAUGGUACUUAGGGUUUUGAGUUGUUGAGAAAUUUGUGGUAAGUCAAGUGCUUUGAUGGUGCUUCUCUGAACGUGGAACGUUGGUAUUCUUUUUUUCUAUUUGGAGUGGUUGUUGAGGGUUGGGGAAAUUUAUUGCCUUUGGACCCAUAAAACUCAAUCUUGGAUCAUUGAGUUUUGUUGGUAUUGGUUGGAUUUAGAGUUUGGGAAAUUGGUAACAUUUGGAAAGUUGUGAGCUUUUGUUGUUUGGAGGAUUGGGAAUUGAUGAAGAUGGAGUCUGGAACUGAUUUCUCACCUAAUUAUUGUCAGGAUAGUGUUACUGAACCUAUGAGAACAACCGGAAAACCUCCGCGACUGCGGCCGGUUAUCCGGCAUUGUGUGAGCACUGCUCGGUUGGCUAGUUCGACAGAUUCGGAUUUAGCAUCUCCACCGGAGGAAGCGCAACCCAGUUUCUUGCCUGUGUUUCGGUCCGGGAGCUAUUCGGAGAUUGGACCUAAACAGGACAUGGAAGAUGAACACAUAUGUGUGGAUAAUCUAGUUGAUCAUCUUGAUGGUGUUGCUAGUUUUCCAUUGUCAGGGGCUUUCUAUGGAGUGUUUGAUGGCCACGGUGGUAAAGAUGCAGCUUCAUAUGUGAGAAGGAACAUACUAAAGUUCAUAAUUGAGGACUCUCAUUUCCCCAUUUGCAUUGAUAAGGCCAUGAAGAGUGCAUUUGUUAGAGCUGAUCAUGCAUUUGCUGAUGCUCAUUCUCUUGAUAGCUCUUCAGGCACCACUGCACUGACUGCUCUUAUUUUUGGAAGGACUAUGCACAUUGCCAAUGCCGGUGAUUGUAGAGCGGUGUUAGGGAGACGAGGUCGGGCGGUCGAGCUAUCCAUAGAUCAUAAGCCAAAUUGCAACAGCGAAAGGCUGCGAAUCGAGAGACUGGGUGGCAUUGUGUAUGAUGGUUACUUGAAUGGCCAGCUCUCAGUGGCAAGAGCUCUCGGAGAUUGGCACAUUAAGGGCACGAAGGGCUCGCUCUGCCCUUUGAGUGCCGAACCGGAGUUACAAAAGACCAUUCUUACCGAGGAGGAUGAGUUUCUAAUAUUGGGUUGUGAUGGCCUCUGGGAUGUCAUGACCAGCCAGUGUGCGGUGACUAUGGUUCGGAAAGAGCUCAUGGCUCACAAUGAUCCCGAACGGUGUUCGCAAGAGCUUGUUCGCGAAGCUCUCAGCAGAAAUACUUGUGAUAAUCUAACCGUAGUAGUUGUAUGUUUUUCACCCAAUCCUCCUCCCCGGAUCGAGAUCCCGAGGUCUCGAGUCCGGAGAAGCAUAUCGGCCGAGGGGCUACAGUUCCUUAAGGGUGUCAUGGACAACAAUAUCUAAUGUAUUUUCCUUUUGUUUUUCUGUCUAUUUUCUGUCAUUGAACUCCUGUAAAUUUGAAGAUACUGAUUGAUUGUUUGUGAAUGAGAAGUAUGUGCUUUUCCAUA